AUGGGCGAGCGUGAUCCAAGAACAGUUAAAAGUAUUGUGCAGGCUUGCGGAAUGGAAAAAGCACUCGCACUAUUUGAAGAAACUCGCAAUGUAGAAUCUCACGGUGGAAUGAUGAUUGAAAAUGGACAAAGAAGGCGUACUCCCGGUGGUGUCUUCAUUACAUUGUUCAAGCUGGACUCGGAAAUCUCCGAAGAUGUCAAGAAGCGGCUUUUCGGAGAAACCAAAGCGGAAGCCAGGAAAAUGUUGAAGGCUCGAAAGAAAGGACGUAUAAACUAUGCUGAAAACGUGGCUAAGGUGGCCGAACUCAUGAAGAAGGAAAAAGAGAAAGAAAAGCAUAAAGACGAAGACACUAAUCUCAAACCUCUACCUGAAGCAGAACAGGUCCUACUAGCUGGUGUUCAGCCUGGUGACACUCACGUAUUUGAUGAUAGUGAUGUUGCCGAACUUAUGAAGAAAGAAAAGGAGAAAGAAAAGCUUAAAGACGAAGAUGCUACUCUCAAACCUCUACCUGAAGCAGAACAGGUUCUGCUAGCGGGUGAUCAGCCUGGUGACACUCACGUAUUUGAUGAUGGUGAUGUGAGCAUGGAAGCUUAA